CCUCGAUAUGUCUGCUUGCAAAAGACAUCUCUCGCCUCUUAAGAACUUCUCCCCCCCCUCCAAGGAGAAAAAAUGUCCUUCCCCAGCAGCUCACCUGCAGCAAACCCGUUCUUGGUGGAGUCUUUACUCGGUGCGUGCAGAACGGACAGCUUCUACUCCAGCAGCAACAUGUACAUGCCGUCAGGAGCAGACAUGGGGAGCUACGGAACCUGUGGGCUCCUGCCGUCUUUUGGUAAAACAAGGGGGGAGGUCAGCCACAACGCGGGCGUGAACGUCCACCCGUACAUACCUCAGCUGGAGAACUGGUCCGAUCCGGGUCGAGCCUGCAGGACAGACAGCCAGAUGUCAAGCUGCACAUUUUCACAGAGCAUAAAGGAGGAGAGCAACUGCUGCAUGUACUCCGAGAAGAGACACCAGAAGGUCAGCUCGCCUUAUCCAGAGCCGUGUCCCGUGGACGGCCCCGAGAUCCCGGUUCCGGGCUACUUCAGACUGAGCCAAACGUACCCGAACGGGAAGCACGCGGACGGCUACAGCCACGACGAGCGGCUGAGUCCGAACCCGACGCUCCUUCAGCUCAGCCGGGUCAAGCCACCUCCGCCCCCUCCCCCCCCUCCCGGUGCCGACUUCUCGGAGCCGGAGAAAAUCCAGGAGCCCGAACCCACGCGCACACCGAGCCCGGACCCGGAGCUCCACAGCUCGGAGGAGAAGAAAAGGAGGUGUUCGGCGGAGGCGCGUGCGCCCAGCCCGGAGCUGCUGCUGCUGCAGAAGGAAGGGAAAGACUGUAAGGAGGAAGCUUCACCCAACAACUGGCUCACAGCGAAGAGCGGCAGGAAGAAGCGCUGCCCUUACACCAAACACCAGACCUUGGAGUUGGAGAAGGAGUUCCUCUUCAACAUGUACCUGACCCGGGAGCGCCGCCUAGAGAUCAGCAGGAGCGUCAACCUGACGGACAGGCAGGUCAAGAUCUGGUUCCAGAACCGCAGGAUGAAACUCAAGAAACUGAACAGAGAAAACCGCAUCCGAGAACUCACCUCAAACCUCACAUUUUCCUGAGCUCGUGCGCUUUGCUGCCUUUUUUCUCCUCUUCUCCUCAAGCUUUCGUGGCAUUGGACGUUUGUCUUAAUGUUCCAA